AUGCCACCAAGAGGCAAGCAGCAAGAAUUUCAAAUAACUGUCAGAAACCAAGAUCACUUAUACGAACUCAUAUCAGGCAAAAAACUCACCAUCGUCGAUCUCUUUCUUGCUUGGUGUGGACCAUGCGAACUACUAUCUUCAUCUUUCAGAUCUAUUGCAAUGAAAAUUGAUGAAUGGGACUCUCGUCUUCAAUUUCUUUUAGCAGAAACUGAUAAGGUCCCAGACUUCGCCAGCCAUCAAUCAUCGUGCAAGCCAAGAUUUUUAUUUUUCUUGGGCUCGAAAUUGAUAGGUGAGGUUGAUGGAGCUGAUGUGCCAAAAAUUCAGCAAAUGAUAAACAGACACCUUCCACCUCUAGAAGCUGAUUAA